AUGGCGGCAGCAGCAGCGGCGGGGCGGCUGGGCUGGCUGCUGGCCGCGCUCUGUCUGGGUCACGCCGCGGGGGAGGUGGCGCAGGGUCCACGGGUGCUGGGCGUUUGCCUGGAGCAGGCCGGGUCCGCGGGAGCGGCGUGGGCGCGCGGAGGGGAGGUGCCGGCCGUGCCUGAGGCCACCUUCCGCCUGCGCCUCUUUGGCUGGGGCUUCGGGAACAGCUCCUGGUCCUGGGCGGCCCCCGAGGGUGCGGGCUGCCCCGAUGGCGGGCCGGUCGGGCCAGCAGCCGCGUCCGGGGGGGAGGCGGCGGCGGCCCCGACAGGCGAGUGGCGCGCGCUGCUACGUCUACGAGCCGAGGCCGAGCACCCACACUCGACGCUGCUGGCGGUGCGCGGGGAGCCGGGCGGCGCGGGGGCUGAGGAGAAGGCGGCGGCGGCCCCCGCGGGCGAGUGGCGGGCGCUGCUGCGCCUGCGCGCCGAGGCCGUGCGCGCGGAGCCCAGCGUCGCGGCGGCGGCGUUCCCGGAGGCGGUGCCGCCCUGGGCGCUCGGCCUGGGGGCCGCGGGGCUGCUGGCGCUGGCGGCGCUGGCGCGGGGCCUGCAGCUGAGCGCGCUGGCGCUGACGCCGGCUGAGGUGCAGGUGCUGCGCGAGAACGGGGCGGAGGCGGAGCGCGCGGCGGCGCGGCGCCUGGAGUCGGCGCGGCGCUGGGCCAGCUACGCCCUGGGCGCGCUGCUGCUGCUGGCCUGCCUGGCGCAGGCGGCGCUGGCCGUGCUGCUGUAUCGCGCGGCCGGCCAGCGCGCCGUGCCCGCCGUGCUGGGCAGCGCCGGGCUCGCGUUCCUGGUGGCCGAGGUGCUGCCGGCCGCCGUGAGCGGGCGCUGGACGCUGGCGCUGGCCCCGCGCGCGCUGGCGCUCAGCCGCCUGGCCGUGCUGCUCACGCUGCCCGUGGCCUUGCCGGUGGGUCAGCUGCUGGAGCUGGCGGCGCGCCCCGGGCGGCUGCGCGAGCGCGUGCUGGAGCUGGCCCGGGGCGGCGGCGAUCUCUACAGCGACCUCAGCAAGGGCGUGCUGCGCUACCGGACCGUGGAGGACGUGCUCACGCCGCUGGAGGACUGCUUCAUGCUGGAAGCCAGCGCCGUGCUGGACUUCGGCGUCCUGGCCAGCAUCAUGCAGAGCGGCCACACGCGCAUCCCUGUGUACGAGGAGGAGCGCUCCAACAUCGUGGACAUGCUCUACCUCAAGGACUUGGCCUUCGUGGACCCCGAGGACUGCACGCCGCUCAGCACCAUCACCCGCUUCUACAACCACCCGCUCCACUUUGUCUUCAACGACACCAAGCUGGACGCCGUUUUGGAAGAGUUCAAGCGAGGGAAGUCCCACCUGGCCAUCGUGCAGAAGGUGAACAACGAGGGGGAAGGUGACCCCUUCUACGAGGUCCUGGGCCUGGUCACCCUGGAGGACGUCAUUCAGGAGAUCAUCAAGUCCGAGAUCCUGGACGAGUCCGAGGACUACCGAGACACCACGGUGAGGAAGAAGCCUGCUGCUCUCAGUGUCCCUCUCAGUGUCCCUCUCAGGCGGAAAGAGGAAUUCUCCUUGUUCAAGGUGUCUGACAAUGAGUGUAAAGUGAAAAUCUCGCCUCAGCUGCUCUUGGCCACCCAGCGCUUCCUUUCCCGAGAGGUGGAUGUGUUCAGCCCGUUGCGAAUCUCCGAGAAGGUCCUGUUGCACCUGCUGAGGCACCCCAGCGUCAACCAGGAGGUGAGGUUUGACCAGAGCAACCGCCUGGCUGCACACCAUUACCUGUACCAGCGCAGCCAGCCGGUGGAUUACUUCAUCCUCAUCCUGCAGGGCAGGGUUGAGGUGGAGAUCGGGAAGGAGGGCCUGAGGUUCGAGAACGGGGCAUUCACCUACUAUGGCUUGUCUGCCCUGACAGCCCCGUCUUCAGCUCACCAGUCCCCGGUGUCCUCGCUCCAGGCCCUCUGCCAGGACCCGGAGCCCGAGCCAGCCGACGGCACCCGCCCGUCCACGUACUGUCCUGACUACACCGUGAGGGCCCUCUCUGACCUGCAGUUCAUCAAGGUCACGCGGCUCCAGUACCUCAAUGCACUCCUGGCCAGCCGAGCCCAGCACCUGCCACCGUCCCCCGAGAGCGCGGACCUCCAGGUCAUCCCGGGCAGCCGGACCCGGCUCCUCGGUGACAGGACAGCCGCGGCAGCAGGGUCCAACCACGGCGGGCCCAGCCUCUCAGCAGAGGAGAGCCCCGGGCGGAACCCCGGAGUGUAA